AGAAUGCUUCGACUUCAUAGGAAACAGUAGCAUCUAGUGAGCGUUUUUGAUGAAUGAAGCUGCUUAGGCGUGUGUGCGUUUUCAAUCGAUAGACAAUCUUCUCUGCAUACCUCACAUAUGAAACUUAUUUAGUGUCAGCCACACCGAGAGGCUAAGGAACGAUCGAACAGUUCUGAGAGCUCUAGAUUUCCACCCUCCGAGCUCGUAGUCUGAGGGUCGCAGCAAUCGUCGCAGCCGCAGCAGACUGAGAACCACUUGGCGACGCACAAUGACGACGCUGGGACCCGACAAGGCGUUCGUUACCUCUCUACAGGGAAUGCUUCGAAUAGCCGAGAUCGUGUUCGGCGUUUGCGGCAUCAUCUGUAUAGAGUCGAUCGGAACGACUUGCUACGAAACCUACGUGCAUCGAUACGAGUUCGCUCUGUUCGUUCUGAUUGUCUCUUUUCUUCUAGCACUAUUUUUCGUCGUAGUUUUCGUCCUACGGAGCCAGGAGCUCAUGUCCAGCCUGGUGAACUUCCCUUUCUUGUUACUGGUUUGCGACAGCUUCAGUGGUCUUUUCUACCUCAUCGUAUGCCUUCUCGAGUUCUGUGCCUAUUGCCAGGAUCCCAACGAUAACGCAGCCACCAAAGUGGCUGGUGUCUUCGGCCUAUUCGCGAUGAUUUGCUUCUUCAUCAGCUCAUACUUCAGUUAUAAAUUUUUCCGGGAUGAGAGAUUCCCCACCUCAUUCGCUCCUCCGCAUCCAGGACUUCACGCAGUCAGUGUCACGCCUUCAAUGGGUUGAUACCUGACCGUCGCCUUCACGCGAGAGGCACGCACAUUUAUCCGAAGUAAUCUCGGAGAGAUCCUCAAUCGCGGGAAAGAGCCGGUUUCGAAAGGAAAGUCCCCCAUCUGCGGUCGCCCACGUCUGAUUCGAUGGCACUAGGGAUCGAUCGAAGAAGU